AUGUCUUCAGGAGCGACAUACAACGUCACGCGCUUCACGCGCCAAGUCCUGAAGCGACACCGUCGAGCACCUCCCUCUCUCGUGAUCCACCUCUACCCGACGCACUUCCGCUUCGAGCACCAGCAUGGCAACUUUGCGUACGACUCGCCUAUGAAGUGCUUCCUCGAGGCCGUGCGGGAACAGAAGCUGCCGACGGACUUGCUCGAGGUGUUGGACGAGUCGGGCGUGGUCUACUACGAUGGCUGCCUCAUCGUCGAGGUGCACGACCACCGCGACUCGGCACCCGCCUCAGGCGCUUCUCGAGCCAGCCUCUCCCUCUCCCUCAGCCAGGCUCGCGAGACGCCCGCCAUGAGCCGAGCAGAGGUAUACCGCAUCGUCCUCGCGCCGAAUCCUGCGACGUUGUGGACCGAGUUGGGCAUCAUGAGCCGGCGGAUGGAGCAGGAGGCAGCGGCGGAGGGGAGGGAGGACACGGUUGGCUGGACGGAGGAGGAGGCGCUUGAGGCCGAGUCGGUCAUCCUGAAUCGGACGAUGCCUCCGCUUUGCCUCUCGCCCUCCAUGCAGACGAACCGAGUCGCCAACUCCAUGCUCCGCGCCACGACGUUGCGACCGCCCAAGCGGAAACGUUUUUGUAGCUCUGGGGAUUGCGAGGACGACGAAGACGGCGAGGAGGGACAGAAGAAGGAGCGGGAAGAACACGAGAAGCUGAUGAAGGUCGGGGACGAGGGGGUGCCGAGAACGAAGGGUCCUGCCUUCUCGCGCCUUGCUUUCAUCCAGGCGUACCGAGAACGGCAGAACAACCCGACUCUCGCCGCUCAGCCGGGCUCGAGCGCAACGUCGAUUCGCUUGGGAGGCGCUUCCGCCGCAGCCGCUCCCGCCCAAGCUGGGCCCGUGCCGACCCCGCGCGGACAGUCGCGAGCCGUCUCGCCGGCCGCUUCGACCGCCUCGGGGCGACCGCAGAAGAAGAAGGCAGGCGACGGUAUGAGCGACUCGGGCUCUGCGAUCGGCGGUGCGGUCAACACGGCCGCGCAACAGAAGAAGGCGGCGCAGCUGGCGGGCCAGGUCCAGGACCCGGCCGAGCGCGAGCGGGCUAUCCUCGAGAAGAAGCGGAUCCAGCAGCAACAGAAGCGGGCGCAGGCGGCGCGGCGGAAAGAGAGGAAGAAGCAGGAGCAGGAGCAGGCGAGGUUGGCCGGCGACUUGCAGGUGGGGACGCCCGGCAGCAGUGCGGCGGGGACGCCAACGGCGUGGCAGUAA